GAGAAUGACAUUUUCAAUCAUUACCGUUAUUCUGGUCGCCAUUAUUGUUGGCACAAGUGUCAGGUUAGAGAGGAACAGCUGUUUAGCCUUUGAUGUUUACUUUCCGACUACUUCGGUAAAAUUCAAGUUACCGCUGAACGAGGAAUCGGAAAGCAUUUUCUCAAAGAUCCCUCUGGCAUGCGUUCACGUGCUGACCGUCGCCGACAAUGCGGUGGCCAAGGACUACAUAUACAGCUUGGAAGAGAAUCAGUUGCUGCGUAUCAACGGCAGCUCCGGAGAGGUUUACAUGCGCACGGACUAUAAGCCGCUUAAUCAAAGCGCCAAAUACGUGAUUACUGCCUUUCCACGCAACCAAGAUACAGAUGGCGAGCUAAUGCAGGUGGCGCACCUGACCUUGGAAUUGGAACCUCAAUCGCUUCCCGAUUAUUGUGCAGAAUUGGAGCACAUUUGCUUUUGGAGUAGUGCACAUUACACUAUAGCCGAAUCUGAUCGGGUCAAUGGAAUGCCCUUUCAGCCGGUGCUUAUAGGCGCCUUGAACUCGAGAGCGGCCAAAUACUUGUGCCCCCACAUGGAGGUCAAAUACGCAUUGACCACGGGCAGCUCCUACUUUGCGCUGAAGCAGAACCUUCUCUACACCAAACAGCCGCUGGAUCAUGAUGAGUUCAAUGGCAUAUUUGCGCACGGCGGACAACUGCAGACCCGCAUCAGCUGCAAAGUACGACUCUCGACCCAAGAACAACGCGAAUUUGUGCGCACCUAUAAUGUAACACUCCUCGAUCGAAACGAUAAUGGGCCGCAACUACAGGAGAAGGGCGCGCAACUCAAUUUUUAUUUGGACCAGCCCUACUUUAAAGAGCACGAGGCAGUUGGUGAGAAAAUCAUAUAUUUGGACAAAGACACCAUGGUGGCCAAUGGCCACUUGACUUAUGCCAUUUACAACGAUAGCAAGGGACUGGUUCAGCCAGACUGUAGCGCCUAUGAAGCUGAUCAUACUGGACGCCCGCAUACCAUCGUAAGUUGCCAACUAAGAUUUUCCCGAAACGGUAUAUUGCGGGAAACCCCCUACUGCUUUACCCUGGAGGCCAGCGACAAGACAAUCGAUAGACGUGCGAAUGCCACAAAUAAAGCUACAGCUUAUAUAUGCCUGCAUGUGGACGUGGAGAAGGUUCACGAGGCGGAUCAGUUGCCCGUUGCCUUGGCCCUACGGGCACGCAAGCAAAGCAGAAUCUUCGAUAGUGUCUCGGAAACGAUGCAUACGGAGGGCGGUGGCAUGCAACCCAUUGGUAUCGACUAUGAGAAGGAUGUAUUUGUGCAUAGAGCAGCUGCCGCGUUCUAUCGCGUGGCACAGCCCGAAAGCUUCCUCGACUUGCUGCGGAUGCGCAGCGUGCAAUUUGGCAUUGAAGAGGACCGGAGUGGUGCCUUUGGGAUUACCACAGUCGGAGGAAUUGUGUAUGUAAAGGAUCCAUUGGCUCUUGAACAUGCACCCGAGACGGUUUAUUUUUUGAAUGUCACAUGGCAGGACAUGCAGACGAGAGCCUUUGUCAUUAAUAUCCAUUUGGUGGAGGGCCGUCCACUGAAUGCGAGCUGUGAGCUAAAAAUUAAAUCCCGCACUCAGACCUGUGCACAGGUGAAAUAUCAGAGUCAGUGUGGAAAAUUCUGUGGCUUAGCCACCAAUGGUGGAGGAUGUGCUUGGCGUGGCUCUAGCUUGGCCAUGUUUGGCCGCAACUACGGCUCCUGUGUGCCGGAUGUACGCUAUUGCCCCGAUCAUGUUUGCGAUGCCUUGGAGCAACUGAACCCGUACGCCUGCCCGCAGGAUUGCACGCCCGCUGAUCGCAUUGUGGGACCGCAUACAAGCAACGAAAACAAGCGGGGCAUACUCUCUGGCUCUGGAACGUGCAUAUGCGAGGACAAUGGCAAAUGCUCGUGUGCCCCAUUGGCGGAGGAAAAACUCAAACGUACACGAAAGCGCAAAAACGAAACGAAUAUGGAGUUAGAGAACGGCGUCUUGGCCGGCAGCCUUUUACCCACCCUCAGUGCUGACCCACAGAACGAUGUCUUGUCAGUGGUCACUGUGGCUGGGUUCGAGUGUGACAAGUCCUGUAUCUUAAUUGCCAUCAGUUGCCCUGUAAUCUUUUUGGUUCUUGUGCUUUGCUUACUCUUCACUCGUCGCAAUAUGCUGCAUCGCGGUUUGGGAAAGCAGUCACAAACGCCGGCCUCCAAGAAGGUUCUGCCUCCCGAUGCGGAUGCCUGCGACACAAAAAACGGCGAUCUACCAUUGAUGCCGCUAGAGGGUGGUUUCAAGUUCGAGUCCAACGAUACCAAGUGGGAAUUCCCGCGCGCGCAUCUUGAGCUGGACACCGUGCUUGGCGAGGGCGAGUUUGGCAAGGUGGUUAAAGGAUAUGCCACAGAGAUUGCCGGGCUCUCGGGAGUGACGACAGUGGCCGUGAAGAUGUUAAAGAAAGGGGCCAACUCAGUGGAGUAUAUGGCGCUGCUGUCUGAGUUUCAGCUGCUCCAGGAAGUUUCGCACCCAAAUGUGAUCAAACUAUUGGGAGCUUGCACGCAGACGGAGACUCCAUUGCUUAUAAUUGAAUACGCGCGUCAUGGUUCGCUGAGAAGUUACUUGCGCCUCAGUCGCAAGAUCGAGUGCGCCGGUGUAGACUUUACGGACGGGGUCGAGCCAGUUACAGCAAAGGAUAUGCUCACAUUUGCCUGGCAAAUUUGCAAAGGCAUGGCCUAUUUAACUGAGAUAAAGCUGGUGCACCGCGAUCUGGCCGCGCGUAAUGUCCUUCUGGCCGAUGGAAAGAUUUGUAAGAUUUCUGAUUUUGGUUUGACGCGCGAUGUUUAUGAGGAUGACGCCUACUUGAAGCGAUCGCGGGAUCGUGUUCCAGUCAAAUGGAUGGCACCGGAGUCGCUGGCUGAUCAUGUGUACACCACCAAAUCCGAUGUCUGGGCUUUUGGCGUCCUCUGCUGGGAGCUAAUCACAUUGGGCGCGUCACCCUAUCCAGGCAUACCUCCGCAGAAUCUCUAUCAUCUGCUGAAGACGGGCUACCGCAUGGAACGCCCAGAGAACUGUUCGGAUGCAAUAUACUCCAUAGUGCGAACUUGCUGGACAGAUGAACCAAAUACGCGUCCCUCAUUCAAAUACUUGGCUUCCGAGUUUGAAAAACUUUUGGGCAACAAUGCCAAAUACAUUGAGCUGGAAACCAAUGCCGUUUCGAAUCCGGUCUAUUGUGGCGACGAGGCUGCUCUCAUGCCAAACGGCUAUAGCCAAGAACUGGGCGAACCAGACUCACUGGAUCACCUGUGGUGCCCCCCAAAGAUUACAUACGAUACGCACGAUUUAUCGUACAGCCGGACACAGUCCACCACUUUUGGAUCAGAGUUUCAACCACCGCCUGGCUACGAUCUCCCACGUCCACUUAUCGAGGCAAAAACCACAGAGCAAAUAUUGCGCUAUGAGAACGAUUUGCGCUUUCCGCUAAAUAUACGAAAGUCAAGCUGUACACCUAGUUAUAGCAACAUGACAAGCGGUUCCGCCUUGCCCCAUUAUGCGGUUCCCGUUAAACGCGGGCGGUCUUAUCUUGACAUGGCAAACAACACACUAAUACCAGACAAUCUGGAUAACAGAGACUUUGAAAAGCACCUUUCCAAAACUAUCUCAUUUCGAUUCUCCAGCCUAUUAAACCUCAAAGAGCCCGAACAUUCGCACGAGCAGAGGCAGGCUGAGGACGCCGUUUAAUCUUGUCAUCAUUCCCAGAACUGUACGUUAGUUCUUAAUUCUGUUUGUGAUUGCUGUUCUGUUUUUUAGUUCAAAUUGUAUGUUAAUUAGUUUUAGUUUUAAUGUUUUUAAUACAUAUGUUGAUGCCAAAAAGAAGAAAAUUAAAUCGAAUACUCUGUACUUGCAAUAAGUGAAUAUUCUAUUUAAUUUGUAAGUAAAUUACACUGACGUAUAAAUAUUUAUUUUUAAAUUCAUAGUAUUCUUAAGACUUCACUA